GCACGAGUGGGUUGAGACCAUCUUCACCGGCCCACUCCUUGCAUCGCUGUCCGAAUGACUGUCUAAACAAACACGAAAGUCACAUCUGUUUGCCCAACUCGUCCUUAUUCACGACUGGACAUAUCAAUCCUCAGCCUGCCUCGAACCGAACGCUCCUGUGAAAAAUGGCAGCCUUCGACGCCAUCGCUGUAGCAAACAAUGAUGAAGAAAGGGGGAAGUUUAUCCGCAAACUUAUCAACGAGCGGGAUGAAAUAGUCGCCUUUGUUGAUCGCCGCCUAGGUUGGGGCGGAACGGGAGAGUACCGCCGCUUUCUAAAGGGGUCUUUCAACAUCAGUUUCGUGGUCGAACGUGGUAGCAACGGCUACAAAGUUCUCAUUCGUUUCCCUCUUCCAGGCCGCACGUAUGAACAGUGGAGGGAAGAGAAGGUUACGAACGAGGUGAUGGUGAUCGAACAUCUUCGCAAAUAUACGACCAUUCCUGUCCCUCGAGUGCUCUCCUGGGGUCUCGCUUGCGAAAGCCCGAGCCAUUUAGGGCCUUUUAUCAUCAUGGAGUUCGUGAAUGGGACAGAUCUGGACGAUCUCCUGAGGCAGCCGACGGAGAACGACCAGGAGGAGGUGAUACUCAACCCAGAUAUUGAAGAGGCGAAGCUCGACACCUUCUACGACCAGAUAGCCGACUAUAUGCUUCAGUUGUCCCGGCUUCGGUUUCCGCGCAUUGGAACCAUCUCCAACGACAGUACUUCCGGCCACCAAGUUGUCAUCGGAAGACCCCUAACAUUAGAUAUGAACGAGUUGGUGACAAACACUGGACACCCUGUCGAUAAGUUUCCCUCCGCACCGUUUGAUCGUGCCACCGACUACUUUGAGGCGCUCUCGAAUACACACAUGAUACAUCUCCGGACCCAGCGGAACCUUGCCACCUCCGAAGUGGACGCCCGAUGGCGGUUCAUCGCUCGCCAUUGCUUUGCGCAGCUGAUUCCGAAGUACUGCGUCGACGACAGCUCAUUCAGUCUUUUCGGCGACGACUUCCGUCCCGCAAACAUGCUCGCUGACCCGGAUACCCUUAGGAUCACCGCCGUGUUAGAUUUCGAGUUCACAAACGCCAUGCCAGCACAGUUCGCGGACGAUCCACCCUGGUGGCUGCUGCUCCUGGCGCCGCACAUCUGGCUUGAGCGCGGCGAGAAGGAGAAGUUUCUGAACAACUUCGUGCCCAGGAUGAAGCAGUUUAUUCGAGCGGUGGAGCGAGCAGAGGCCAGCUCGCCGUCGACUGAGCAGCCGUGUCUCUCUGCUCGGAUGCGUGAUUCGUGGGACACUGGGCGAUUUUGGUUCAACUACGCAGCGAGAAGAAGCAUGGACGUGGACGUUGUCUACUGGAGCGUGCUACAUAAAGAAUAUGGUAGUUGUGAGAUGCUUGACAAGAAGACGCGUGACGAGAUGGACGAGGUUGUCCAGAUGAAGAUGAAGCAGCUGCAAGCGUACCAACAGGAGAAGCAUAAUGACGCUCGCUUUACUUAAGGACCAGACUAGUUGGCAGA